CCCACUUAUGACGACAUCGUAUCUCGACGGAUUCGUUUGGGCAUGUGCAGAGCUGUCACAUUCAAAAUGUAAACUGAAGUGUGUUGUGAACUUAACAUCUCUCGCAGAUGAGCUUAAUUUGUGUGCUCCGCCUUUAAUUCAGGGAAAAGUGAACGCGAGAGCUUCUUGGUAUCUUACAAAGGCUACGUGCUAAUGAGCGAUGCUAAGGUUAGCUGAGUUAAAAGUUUGUUAGCAGCCUGGAGUUGAGUCCAGAUGACGAGGUGGGACAGAGGCGACGAAAUGGGCUCUGUUCGUUGGGCUUUUCGCUGUGGCUCGUGGACACCGAACAGAACUGAAUGGUUGUUCGCUUCACGCUGUGUUCAGAAAGAGGAGAAAAACAGGAUCGGAGAGUUUGAGUUUGCUAAGGAUGCUAAGUCAGCCAUGGCGGGCAGGCUGUUGCUGAGAAGGUUUGUUUGUGAGAGGAUGGGGAUCCCCUGGUCUGAGGUCAGGCUGGAGCGAACUCCCAGAGGGAAGCCUUACUUGGCAUCACCACCGAAGGCCAGUUCAGACCGGGCCUGGAGUUUCAACAUCUCACACCAGGGAGACUACGCUGUGCUCGCUGCAGAGCAGGGGAUGCAGGUGGGAGUGGAUAUCAUGAAAAACACCAUGCCAGGUAGCAAAUCUGUGCCAGACUUUUUCCGCAUCAUGACUCGUCAGUUUACGGCGUACGAGUGGAGCGUUAUCCAAUCGGCUGGCUCAGAGCAUCAGCAGCUUGCGGUGUUCUACCGCCACUGGGCCCUGAAAGAGAGCUUCAUCAAAGCCAUUGGCACAGGUCUGGGCUUUAACCUGCAGAGGGUGGAGUUUCACCUGUCCACUGAACCGCUCAUGCAGGGCCAGGUGCUGCGGCAGACCAAGAUGCAUCUAGAUGAGGAAGAAGAGGACUGGCUCUUUGAAGAGAGCUUGCUGGAUGCUGACCAUCAUGUUGCUGUGGCACUGGGACCAGCAGACACACCUGGUUCUUCACCUCCCUCUUCAUCUCGUCCGCCUCCUUCUUUUACGCUGCUGUCCUUUGAUGACCUCAUCACCGCGGCCUCACCGCUGACGGAGGAAGACCCGGCCUACUGGGAGAACUUCAAGUCGAAGGCUGAAGCUCCACAAAGACGCAGAGAGAGACACGCACCCACAUAACCAGCUGUCUCCCACUGACACUCAGCCUGAGAGACGCACACGCAGAGCCUUCCCUUUUUUCACAUAUGUGCCAAAAAUCAGAAACUCACACACUCUGACAUUGUAGCUGCUUUUUUUUUUAUUCAGCCUCAGUACAGUCAAGUCCUGGCAGGUUUAUUUAUAAACCCAAAUGCAGGUUUGUCUCACAGGACUUCAGGAUCUCUACCGGAUCUGACACGCUGCUAAAAGUAAAGUAAGUCUGUUUUACUUAUAGCAGGAGUCAUUGUUUUUUGUUUUUUAAUUAAUUUAUAAUAAAAUAUAAUAUUUUAAUUAUAUUGUCUAUAUGAUUUAGUGUGUUGCCUGGGUGAAAGACCAAUAAAUACAAAUAAAGUAACAGAUAAAGUA